CACCAAAGCAAUGGUUUGGGUGGGAGAAGUUGUACAAGAUGUGCUUUGCAAGUACAUACAGAAUCUUUAACAGAGACCAAAAUACAUAUAUCAGCUCACUUUGAUUCUUUUUCCUUUGAAUAUAGAUAAAGGGUCCAAAUCUGGCUGUAGCCAGGAGUCUUCCAUGUGCAAUCAAUUUCCAAAGAGCAUGACAUCUUGAAAAGAAAAACUAUCCUUGGUCGGUCUGCUCUUUGUCAUUGUAGCACCUGGCUCUGAUGUAUCAAACUUUGAGAUCCUAACGCGAUGCCGGAGUUCUUUCCAGCCUACCGCAAGGAGCGGAACCAGAAGCCAAUUCUAUUUAAGAAUGCUCGGAUUUACGAUGGAUCUGAUGUGCUGACCGAACCAAAGGAUGUUCUUGUACUUGGCAAUUUGAUCCAAGAUGUUGGGUCGAACAUCAGUUCGGACCACUGGAGCGCUGUGACGGUGGAUUGCAGCGGCUACACCUUGAUGCCAGGAUUGAUUGACAUGCAUAGCCAUCUGUGCAUUCAGGAGGGUAUGCUGGAAGGUCGUGACACUUAUGACCAAAUGGCUAUGGGUGCCAUGUGUGGUCAGGAUUGUGUGGACUACUUGCUCCAAGGCUUCACCACCUGCCGCGACGCGGGCGGCAAUGUGUUGGGCAUCGCCAAGGCCAUCAACGACGGUCGCCUUCCCGGGCCUCGGAUCUUCGCCUCGGGUGCCUUCCUCAGUCAGACGGGUGGCCACGGGGACACAGGCUGCGGCUUUGAUCAACCCAACGAUCAAGACCAGCUCGAGCGGAAUGGCUUCUCCCACAUUGUGGAUGGGAGGCCACAAAUGUUGAAGGCAGCACGGAACAAUUUGCGGAAUGGAGCCACACAACUGAAGAUCAUGGCAGGUGGUGGUUGUGCAAGUGCCUUUGACCCCAUUCACAUGACCCAGUUUACGGAAGAUGAAAUGAGGGCAGCUGUGGAAGUGGCCAAGGACUACGGCACCUAUGUCCUUGCGCAUGCCUACCAUGAUGACUCCAUCAACAGAUGCCUUGAUGCAGGGGUACGAUGCAUCGAGCAUGGAUUCUUGAUGUCUGAAUCAACCAUGAAGCGCAUUGCAGAUGUUGGAGCUGCAAUUUCAUUGCAAUGUGUAAUGUCCAUGGAAGCCUUUGCGGAGCCCGAAAAGAUCACCUUUUUCAACAAGGAUCAGAAGAAGAAGGCCGGCAUGGUGGCAGCAGGUGCGAAGAAGAUGAUGGAAUAUGCCCGCAAAUACCGGCCCCUCAUUGUCUCCGGUGGGGAUAUGUUUGGCGGGAUUGCUCAACACCGGCAGGCGGACAACAUCAUCACCCUGGUGACAUUGGCAGGCUUCUCUCCAGCAGAGGCCUUGCGGACAGCAACGGGAGAUGCAGCAAAAGUCUUGGCUUGGAGUGGUGGGAUGACCCCAUACAAGGAUGGACACUUGGGAGUGGUUGAGAGCGGGGCAUAUGCUGAUCUCAUAUUGGUGGACGGCAAUCCCUUAGAAGAUAUCACUUGCUUGAAGCGUGAUCGUGUUGCCGUGGUGGUGAAGGAUGGAGUUUGCUACAAGUACAUGAUGCCUCCCGGCCGAGCAAACCCGGAGACGGACUUAUCACCUGAGUUGAGGAAGGGGUGAUUGACACAGCGGGCGAAGAUGGUCGAAGAUUUUGGGGAAGCUCCAAAGUGGGCUUCGGGCGAAGCUGGGUCAGCGUAGCGCUGGCUGAGAGCCGUCCACUUGUAGGUAGGGGCCCAUCCAGAUCCCGAGAGAAGGACAAA